UUUGUGGUAUAUGAACAGCCCUUAGCCGUGGUAUAUUGGCCAUACACCACACCUCCUCGGGCCUUAUUGCUUAAUUGCACUCUUCUUCUGAGAUCGGGCUUCCCCGUGUUGCCCAGUCUGGAACGGCGCUUGCGUUUCCAGUGAUAUGCUCCAGUGAUAUGCUCUUUCUGUGACUUGUCUUUUGUGUUUCAGAUCUGUUUCGGUUUUGUAAACUGAAGAGGUUAAGAGAUCAGCUUUGGCAGAAUGUAAAAUGAAUGGUGUUUAGAGUGGCUAGGUAAAGGGUGUGAAUGGUGUUUGAGUGUCUUUGCGCCUGACUUGAUAUGUUGAAAGUGUGCCUGUUUGCGAGUAGUUGAUGUUCGAGAGGGACUCAAACAACAGAGAUGAUGUUGUGCUGCUGCAAACCCGUUUUAUUAUUAUUGUUUAUUAUGAAUUAUUAUAUAUAUAUCUUUACUUUUCUACGUUUUUAUUGAUAUGCCUCGAGUGUCUAGUGAGACACAGUUCAUUUUUUWACGAUUUGGAUUUGAUUGCACAUACUGUAUCAAGUUCAGCCUGUCAUACAGCAAUUCUCCUGAACCCGUUGUACCCAGGCUCAUAAAAUCACUUAGAGAUAUGAAGUUUCUCUUUUCAGUCUUUGGCAGCUGAAAGCGUGUAACCUCUAGCUCUAAUCUCUGCUUAAUGUUCUGCAAAUCAUCUCACUAUGAAUAGUAUUAAUUUCACUGUGUUCUAGUCCAAAUCUACACUGUCAAGAUUUUACUCAGACUUUUUCUAAMGCAUUAUUAAUUACUGGUAGAAUUUGCUUUGAGGGCUGAGCUUGUGCGAAAGAACGUUAGUGACUGAAUUCAUGUGUCAUGCGGUAACUGGUACCGUUAGGCCUUGUGUUACAUUUGAAAGGUUGAGUAAUGUACCCACGUUUUUACUUGUGUUCUACAAUAUAUGUUCUGAAGAUAUACAUUUUUGCUGCAUUUUUUUAAUAUGCAAUCAUUGUACUUUUAGAUAUCUACAGUUACAUUUAUGAACCUCUUAAAGAACUUUGUUCCUUAAUUUUCUUCCCUCUGUGUGGUUAUAUUUUAUGACUGAUCAGUGCGAACAUUGAAUGCAAAAAUCUCAUGGACCUUUUUACUUAUAUAAAACUGAUUUCAGUUCUUAAAGCCGCCUAUGCAACUUAAGUCUCGAAAGACAAUUGUUUUUGUAUUUCAAUCACUUGACCGCAAGAUUGGCAUCAGCAACAAACCGCAAAAAUAUUUUGGUUACAUCUGACUCUGGACUUUUUUUUUUUUUUUCAGGUGCUAUUUAUUUCACCUUUUACUCCUCAGAACUGUGCACUUAGUCAGAUGUCUGCUGGUACAACCAAGCUCACCUAGAACCCACUCAGGAUAUGCUCAGCAACUUUAUUGUAUGUAUGACGUACUCAAAGAUUUGGAAUAUAACAUGUUAUUGAUGGAACAUUUUCUGUGGUGUCAGUAUUUCAUUGAAGUUAAUUUUAAAGAAAAUGUAUCAUUCAUUUAGUCAUUCCUCUGUGACUGGUUGUUUUCAAAAAGCUGCAGUUCAGUCCAUUAUGCUUCAGGGUCACAAGUGUCUCUUAGUUCAUCUGAAAACAUUAUCUUCCACUUAUCACAUGAAGUGUUUACUUUUUAUUUCCCUUCACCUCUGAGGGGUUAGGUUCAAUAUAGAAGAACAUUUCAGUUGAAUGCGUUGUAUAACUGACUAGGUAUCCCCCCCCCCCCCCCCUGUUUCAUUGUAAGAGGUCAAGCAGUUAAUGCCUCUUGCUGUUGGAUUAUGUUUUGUUAUUCUCAGAAAAUGCCAUUUUCCCCUUGAGGCAGUGGAGUUGGGUCAAGUCGUUGAUACCUCUUUAUUCAUUUUUUUUAUUUUUUAAAGUGAUUUUAAGCUUUUCUUCUGUAUCAAACUUUAUUGGUCACAUACACAUUUAGCAGAUGUUGUUGCGGGUGUAGUGAAAUGCUUGUGUGUGUAUGUUGUUCCAGUGUUAGACCCCUGGAUCUUUCUGUUUUCUACUGGCUUUGGGCAGGCUUCUUCAGCCGAAUAAUAAAUAUCUAAAAGCCUACUGAUAUCAUUUAUUUAUUUUCUUCACAUUGGCACUUUUSUUUUGAUUCCAGUAUGUCAUCUUGCUGUUUAAUUUUUUUAUUUUUAUGUAUGGCAUGUUACAGUUCCAUGAAGUAAGACAGUGUAGAGAAUUAAUUCAGGUCACACAUUGUCACCAGCUAGUUAACAUUAACCCAGAAAUAAUAAUUCUUAGUGUUUCUGAUUUCACUCCAGUAGURGGCUUACAUCUCAGCUGUGUCAUUAUGGUCAUCUCUGGCGAUCAUCAUUGACAUGAUACAAGGGUAGUUUAUAUUUAUUCGUAUAAGUUUUAUUCCAAAGAUGAAUGUGUCCACCCUGAAGUGGCAGUUUCGAGACAACUGGAAAYUCGGRGGGAAAAUGAGGUCAAAUCAUGACGACGGUGAUCUUCAGGUUGGAGAUCUAGAAAGAUGCCAGAGUUUCCGACUUGGAAUUCYGAUUGUUCCCAGUGUGGAGCUCGUUAUGUUCGAGUUCCCAUUGGUCUUGAACGCGCUGAAGUCGGAGAUUUUCGAGUUCCCAGUUUUGAACGCGGCAUAUGUCCCAAGAUACAAGGCAAGAUGGUAUACUAUAUAAUAAGUGUAGCCUAUUGUUGUCGUGGRGUAAUUUGUUUUAAUCUUUCGCCUAUGACGUAAUCUCGUCCAGAAAUACGUCACUUGAACAUGAGCGUGACAGGACUUCUUGGGUCAGUUCUUCAUCAAGGAGUCAGUCCGUUUUCAGGCCUAACUACCAUCAGUUAGGAAAGGACACCCGCUCAGACUUCGUGAGGUCAAGUCUGUCACAGAGGCUAAUCCACGAGACAACUUCAUCCUAAAAAUGUCUGACUACACUGUGAAGAUCGAGGGAACUGGUCCCGAGGAGUCCGAGGCGUCCCCUGAGAAGUCCAGGGACCCGUCUCCUGAGCCUGCUGUCCUGCCCGUGACAGAUGUGUCCUUCCUUGGAGCAAUGGAAUACACGAAUGAGAUGCUUAGCUCCCUGGAUCAAGUGAUGGACAGUCAAACACAAGAAAAUGGUGAACAAGUGGAAGCAACUGAAAGUCAGAGGAAGAGACUAAAGGGAAACCUAGGUUUGUCCUCUGCUGGGUGUUCACUUGGAUGUAUUCCAAGCUUUGACUCAGUGUCCCUUACAUCUACGGUCAACACGGAUAACAACUCAGGGGAGAGUCUAGAGCAGCUGCAGUACCAAGGGGUCCUGAGUGUGGAUACAUGUGAUGAGGUGGAGGUCAAGGUGCCUGUAGAUAAUGACACCCUGAUGCCCACAGUCAUUGACUGUGACUCCUUGACAACCCUGGACCAGAUAGCCUCCUUGAGGACUCUUCAGGAGGAGAUGGACAGAGUGCUGGACAUGGACACUGUGGAUUGUCUCUCGAGAACAGUUAGCUUUGAAAGCAGCCCCAUUCCGGAGAAGAGUGGAAGCACAAAGACAUAUUGCAGUGGUGUACGCUCGGCAACCCCCUACGCUUCAAAACCAUCCCUUACAUCUAUUGACACACAUGGGGCUGAAAAUGAGGUGGAGGCCAAGGUGCUCAAUAUCGACUUAUCUUCAUUCACCCUGGACCGGAUUUCCUUCUCCAGUAUUCUUCAGGAGGAGAACGACAGAGUGCUGGACAUGGACACUAUGGAUUGUCGCUCUCUGUCGAGAACAGUUCGCUUUGAAAGCUGCCCAAUUCCGGAGAGGAGUGGAAGCUUGAAGACGUAUUGCAGUAGUGUACGGUCGCCCACCCCCUACCAGUCAAGAUUAUCCCUUACCUCCACUGAGGCACAUGAUCAGGUUGCACACAGCUCAGGCACACAAGUGAGCCUCCAAAUCCUGAUGGACCCUCUGGUGGAGCUUUUUGGUAUCACUCAGGAUAUGAUAUACACAGACGUCCAGGAUAGAGUGAUUGAAGUGCUGCAGGACAUCUACUYGGCRGCUAACCAGCUAGAGCAACAGCUAUUCCAGAGUGUCUUUGACAGGCAAGCCAGAGCCAUUGUAAAGGCGGUAGUGCAGGAGAUCAAUGCCGCCCUGUCCAGGGCUAUACAACAAACCUGCUCGGGAUCACAAUUACUUAGUAUAGUGGGAUCUGCCAAGCUCUAUAGCAAAGAUGAGUUGSCAGCGGUUGAGGGCCAAGGAGUUCCUUUGAUCACCUCAUCAGCAGAGGGAGACAGGGAUGGCAACAAGGAAGGAAGUAGACCGUUGAAACAUUGUUUUAACAGCUUUGUUCGUGUUUUGUCAGCAAAAAUGAGGAGUAUCUCCAAGGGGAUCAAACAGAGAGGCGGGAGUGCACAACAAGAGCACAAGCUAGUUGUUGAACUGCCAGCAUCAUCUGACGAGGGUACAGAGCAAGAGGCAGCAGAGGAAGCUGGAUCUAGUACAGUUUCUGAACCCUCUAGGAAGGAGAUCACAGAGGUCAGUGAAGUUCUUCAGUCGGAAUCUGAUGAUUCUCUACUUCCCUCCAUUGGGGGAAUGCUCUUCCACGUUGGAUCCAUGCCUCAUACAGAGGAUUCAGUGGAGCUAUACGGCAGUGUCCCAUCAAAGUUGACACCAGAAAGUAUGGUGCAGGAAGAACGUGUUGAUGAAGGCUUGUCUAAUGCUUGUUCCAGGACAACUUCUUCAACCAGCACCACUUUCAGCAUGGACGACGUCCAGAAGGCUGUUGCUACUUUGACCACUUCUGGAAGUGACAGGGGUAGAAGCAUUAUCACUACCCCAGAAAUGCCAGAGCAGAGUCUGCACCACCAGGGAGGUGGACUGGACAGCCCUGUCUCUUCAGAGAGAAGAGUGGCUGGAAGUGGCAGAAAGAGCCCUGCAACUUGGUCAGAUGCAGAGGGAUUAAGUUCUGCAAAAAAGGCUGUGUCGGAGUUAAUGGAGAGGAUGGUGCUCAGCCGUGAGGAUGCAGCGUCAGCAAAGAGCCUGGAGAUCCUCCUCUCUGGCAUUCUUCGUCCUCACACUGACAAGUUAGUCGACCAGCUGCAAAGCCUUUUGAUGGUGAACAGCACACUUACAGCACAAUCUGUGUCUGGCAGGUCAAAAUCAGAAUCUGCUCUGCCGAAGUCCAGCAUGACAGGGGAACUCCAAAGGGAGAUCUCAAGGAAGGGUUUGCUGGAGAUAGCAUAUACUAUCACCGAGAGAUCGAUAAAGACCCUUUUGGAGCAGCUGCUCACUGCCCUCCUCCCUCCAUCUGCAGUGGUUGAGGUUGCCAGGUCAUGUCAGAACAUCCGACCAGUCACUCCCUCUCAGGUGAUGAGUUCUGAAGUUAGCCCAGGAUGCUGCAACCCUCUUUCAAUGAUUUGCCGUGUGAUCAUAGAUGUCUUUACGAUCACAAGACAGGUGGUUGAGACAGCCAGUGAAAUGGAUAUGUCUCCCCCCGGAGAGAACAUUGAUGAAAGGCUUUGUAGCAACAUAGCGCCACUGACCACUGAUUCAACCCCAUCUGUCCACCCGAUCAACCGUGAGUGCAACAGAUCUUUGGUSACCAAACCAACAAACAAAGUCAAGAGCUUGACAUUCUCAUUUCCUAAGCUCCCAAAGAUCAGUCUCAUAAAGAGCAAGAAAGUCAACAAAGGGGAUAUCGCUCCCCUUGAGACCACCAAGGAUCCUACUGAUGUCGACUAUAGUAUAUUCUGCACUACUCCAACACCAGAGAAUGCACAACGACAAGAGGAAAAUCUUGCCUCCUGCUCCUCACAGAGGAAGGAAUGGCCAAAGAACCAAUUAUUUUUAAUCAGGGUAUACUCUGCCAAGUCUAGGCAUGACAACAGCUAGCGUCAGUAGAAAUGUCCUUUUGGUUAUUUGGCAACACAACCAGAGAACCAUCUCGCCACCUACUCCACAACGAGGAAGGAGAGGCUCAAGAAGUGUUCAUUUUCACUGCCAUAACCAAUCAUUUCAACUCAGUCCUACUGACAUCCCACUGGGCAAAAACUGGUUUAAUCAACAUCGCUUCCACAUCAUUUCAACACCCCCAAAAAUCUACACGAUGAACUGAUAGGAUUUACAACAAGUCACGAACGUCAGAGCAUUUCGUCUUUUUUUCASCCAACUUUUAAUCUAAAUCCAAUGACAUGGAGAUUUUUUUUAAACGUUGAAGUGACGUUAGUUGACAACUCAACCAAAUGUAAAUCAAAACUAGAUGUUGAACUGACAUCUGURCCCAGUGGGAUUUACUGUUGUCAGUCUUCUACACGGGUUUUGCAACUACAUCAGAGGACCAUCUUGCCUCCUACUCCCCAACAAGGAAGAAGGGGCCCAAGAAUUGUUACUCUUUUGUCAACCAGUCCUUUCAACUCUUUCAAAAUUCAUUUCAAAACUCUCCUUUCACCUAUUAAUCUCAUUCACGAAGCUUCCAAAGAAAUAUCUCAACAAAAAUGUAAGUGGAUCUCACUCCCCUUCUGACCAUCCAGAGUGAGACAUAAAACAUGCAGGUAGUGUUGUGCAUGAUCAGUAUUUGUUAUAAUCUGUUUUUUAAACACCACAUCCUCUUGUUCAUAGUGUCUACACCACCACCAGAGGAGGAACUUGCCUCCUGCUCGCCAAUGAGGAAGGAGAUUCCCAUGAAGCGUACUUUCACUUCCUUCAAUAAUAAACUGCCACUUCAUGCAUUCAUGAGUCCUUUAGUGAAAUUUAUAUUUUUUUAAAGUAGAGUGGAGAGAUCGACAAAGAAGAAAAUUAAUGGGCAUUCAAAGUUCAAAGAAAUCCUUCAUGACAUUCUAUGAGUCUUAAUGAGACUCCAGUGGUAGAGUUCAAAACGGACUAUAUAGGUCUGGCUGCCAAGCCUGUAAAUCCUAUUCUAAUCUAUUCUCCCCUUUGGACUCAAAUAUUGAUGAAGUCCCUGGCAGUCAGGUUCAUGUGUGACACGAAUGGUCUGACAAGAAUAUUUGCUAUGAGUAAUACACCAUUGYAAACCAUGAGGCAAUCUGACCAUAAAUAAAUAGGCUUUCCAUUAUAUACUGUGAUCCUGGCUUCAAUCACACAUUCAUUAAGUUGGUUGUAACAGAUGAUAAAACAGUAUUGAUUACUCAAAUGUUACACAGACGCCCAAAGGUCACUAAUACUGAUGGCGCAG